AUGCGGCCUCUCGGUAAAAAGGCCAAGAGCACGGCGCCUUCGUCGCCGGCGACGACUGGUAUAGACGUUGUGCCGGACGGCGUCCUCAAGCACAUCCUCGGCUUCCUGCCGUCGCCGGAGGCCGUGCGGAUGUGCGUGCUAGCCCGGCGCUGGCGCCACCUUCGGCGUCACGCCACGGGCCUGCGCGUCUCGUGCCUCGCCGGCGGCGAGGUGGGCCGCGCCGGCUCGCCGUCCCCGAAGCGGAUCCGGGACUUCGUGGACCGCAUCCUGCUCCUAAGAGGACACGCGCCCCUCGAGACGUUCGAGCUCAGGUUCUGGUGCCCAUCUUUGCAGUAUCUAGUGAUCGAGUCCUGCGAGAUGUGGGAUGCUGAUAAGGUCUCAUCAGAGUCCCUGAAACACUGGCGUAUGACAAGCUGCAUUUUCAGCAAAGACUCCAGCACUGUUAUUCAUGCCCGAAGUCUUGUUUCACUGAGGCUGGAUGGACAUUUGUACAGAGCUCCUGUUCUCGAGAUCAUGCCGUCGUUUCAAGAGGCAUUUGUUAGAGUCAUCCAUGAGAAUUUGGACUCUGGGUAUUCUGAUGAUUACUCUGGGGCUUGUGAUGAUGAGGACUGUUACUCUUGUUAUGGUGCUGUAGAUGGCAACUACAAGUGUGUGCUUCUGGAAGGUUUAUCGGAAGCUGAGAAUUUGGCACUGAUAUCUGAAUCCAAAGCGUCUAUUUAUGAAAGGGAUUUGAAACAGUGCCCUACAUUCAGCAGGCUGAAGACUUUGUUACUCAAUGACCGCUGGUGUGUGGCACCUGCCUUCCCUGCAUUGACUUGCAUUCUCAAGCAUUCACCUGUUCUUGAGAAGCUCACUCUUCAUCUUUUCUCCAAGGGACCUGGACAUAAAAUGGAAAUGAUAGGAAGGUACAAUCCAACUGAUAAAACAGCUGCGAUACCAGAACACCUAAAGGAAGUUCAAGUCGAAUGGAAGUGGUUGAUGAGAAAGUUCACAAAGUUCUCAAGUUUCUUUGUACAUUUAACAUAUUCAAUCGUGCCCUACGCCUAG